UGAUGUUGUUAGAUAUAAUGCUCUGUAUUGUCCUAAAUUAUGUCAUGCAUAUACAAAAGAAAUGUACAUAAAUGCAUAAAAACCUUUUCUAUUUAUCUGAGCCAUAUUUUUUAAUUGUUUUUUAAUUGCGUUUUUCCAGGGCUUUUUUUAUUUUAUUUAUCAUUUUAGUUUAGGAUCUUGUUUUCUUAGUGGAUUCUUAUUUUUUGAUGACAUUGAUAUUGUUUAAAUUUGGUUCUAAAAUAUCCAUUAUGCAAUUUUGUGUACAUCCUUUAUUAUUUAACUAAGUAUUCUCCAUUUUCUGUAAUUAAAUUGAGCAAUAAAUUAAAUAUGCAUUAUAAUUUAGGAAAUGGGAAGAAACAAUGGGUAUUAAAAAUGUACAUAAAUGCAUAAACUUUUAUCUGUUUUUAUCUCUAUCUGAACAAUGUUUUUAAAAUUGUUUUAAUCUCAAUUUAACUCAAUCUCACAUAUUCACAGGGAUUUUAUUUUUCAUAAUUUUAGUUCAGGAUCUUGUUUUCUUAGUGGAUUUUUAUUACUUAUGACAAUCUUGUUUAAAUUUGGUUCUAAAAUAUUCAUUAUGCAUUUUUGUGUACAUCCUUUAUUAUUUAACUGCAUUAUAGAUGCAUUAUAACUGAAGAACUGCAAGAAACAAUGAGCAUUAAAACUGUACAUAAAUGCAUAAAAAAAAAAAACCUUUGCUAUUUAUCCAACACACGUUUUUCUUACAGUUUUAAUAAAAAUUUGACCGAAUCUCAUGUGUAUUAGAAAUUCGAAUUCGAAUAAAAUUAGAAUUUCGUCUUUAUUUUAUUUUGGAACACAAUGAGAAUCAAUUACAAAGAGUCAAAUAAGAUUUGAUUUCUUUAUUUUCAGGAUUUUUGUUUUAUGUGAUUCAUUUUGGUUCUAAUAUACCAUUAUUCGAGUUUUUAUGCAUCCUUUAGGGUUUGACUAAAUACUGUCUGUAAAUAAAUGAGAGAUUUCUGAAUUGAUAUUCGCUUCGUUGUAGUUGAUGAACAUCUCGGUUCACCUCCACCUCCUCUCUUUCCUCCGCAGGGCCACUGCUGUGGAUGGUUGGGCGUUAGUGUGUGUUUGUUUUGCUCUGAUGGCGAACAUGAGCAGUAGUGUGUGCAUGGAAACCCCACACGCUCAUGGCCAUGCCCACGGCCACACCCACAACUACAACCCCACCCCCGGGCGGGACUUUCCUCUACAGAUCGACUCGUGCGUGAACCCCGUGUUGGACUACAGCGCGCAGAUGGAGCGCUACCGCUCUUUUGCCACCUUCUAUAAGAACAGCACGGCCGCCGCGGCCCCGUUUCCCCAGACCGCCAAAAUCGCGCGAAUUGCCACGCCCCUUUUCCCCUCAGCCCGCCUAUCGGCGAUGCCGCCCUGGCCCUGCGACAACGCCAUGCUGUGGGGGCGAAAGCCCGCCGCAGUUAACGUUAACGGACCUCACACACAUCGGACUGGCAUGUCGAGGGCGGAGCCUGUGAACAUGCACAUGUCCGGCAAACACAUUCCACAAGACUCCGCCCUCCCGAUGGGCGCUGACAACUUCUUGUCGCCGCUGGCCGCGGAGCAAUGCCGCGGCCUUCCCGUAACGGGGGCCGAUUGCAUGAACCGACUGAAGUGUCCGCCGUCUGUGCCACCAGGAGAAGCGGACCGAGGCGGGACGUUCGGAGGGAUGCCCCCAUUGGGGGGUCUGUCGCUCCCGCCAGGGGUGAUCGUCAUGACGACGCUUCACUCCGGUGCAGGGUCAUCGGGGGUCACGAUGUCAGACAGCGCAUUUCAGAUCGCCAACGUGGCGGCGGACUGCCAGCACAGCGGCUCGUCCUGCUCCGGUUCGCCCGCCGCCCUCAACGGAAACGCCAACGGCAGCUGCAGCAGCGCUAGCAGCAAUGGUAGUGGAGCGGCUAAGCGCAAACGUAAACGCUGUGGCGUCUGCGCCCCCUGCAGGAGGCUCAUUAACUGCGGCGUAUGCAGCUCCUGUCGAAACAGAAAGACGGGUCAUCAGAUCUGCAAGUUCAGAAAGUGUGAAGAACUCAAGAAGAAACCGGGCAGCACGAUGGAGAGAGCACCGUCAGCAGGAGCCGCCGAUACUUUCCGCUGGUUCUUCUGAAGAACCCGCCACGAUCCACAUCAUACAACUGGACUCAAACACUAGAAAAACUGCAGGUCAUACACCUACAAUCUACCCUUCCCCUCAGGACUCACUGUGGCCCGUUUAGCACUGGGGGCAUCAGGUGCACAUGCCCCUCUGGAGAGACGUCGAGGACAAGUCUCUGGGUCUCAAACUGACCUCACCUCAACCAAACAUCAACGGACGUAGAGAAACAGGGACUUGAAUUCAGUCGUAUCAGGACCCCAUCCAAACUUAAAGGAAAAGUUCACCUGAAAUUGAAUAUAUGGUCGUCAUUUACUCACCCUCAUGUUGUUCUGAUCAUUUGGUUGCUUCUACGGAAGACAAAAGGAGGUUAUUUGAAGAGCAUGCAUUGAAACGAAUGAGCUCUGUCAAACUCUAAAAUGACAAAACAAUCAGCAUAAAAGCAUUGGAAAAGGAGUCCAUACGAUUAAUGCACUAUAUUAUAGGUUAUCUGAAGUCAGUUUUGUGUCUGGAAAAGACAUUUUUAGUCAUAAACAACCAUUAGACCUCCCUUUCAUUUGAUUGAAAGGAACAACCAGGAUAUUCUUGAAAAAUUCACCUUGUUCCACAGAAGAAAGGAAGUCCAUACGAUUAAUGCACUACAUUAUAGGUUCUCUGAAGUCAGUUUUGCAUUGGAAAAAGACACAUUUUUUAGUCACAAACAACCAUCUGACUUCCCAUUUCAUUUGAUCAACCAGGAUAUUCUUGGAAAAUUCACUUGUUCAACAGAAGAAAGUAAGUCCAUACGAUUAAUGCACUAUAUUAUAGGUUCUCUGAAGUCAGUUUUGUGUUGGGAAAAGACACAAACAAUCUGACUUCCCAUUUCAUCUGACCAUCCAGGAUAUUCUUUAAAAAUUCACCUUGUUGCACAAAAGUCAUACAGGUUUAGGUUUAUAAAAGCAGUCCAUACGAUUAAUGCACUAUAUUAUGGGUUCUCUGAAUUCGGUGAAAAGACUGACGCAUUUUCACUUUCAAAUUUUGUAUUUUUUUUUUGUCACAUUUGACCUCUUCUUUCAUUUGAUUGAAAGGAACAACCAGGUUAUUCUUGAAAAAUUGUCCUCGUUCCAAAGAAGAAAGCAAGUCAUACAGGUUUGAGGUGAGUAAAUGGCGACAGAAGGUUCGUUUUUGAGCAAACAGUUCCUUUAAACCACCUUUCUGUUGCAUGGGUAGAAAAGUGUUUUGUUUUUAACUAAAGACUUUAAGAAAAUAACUUUGUUUAUUGCUGUUGUGACGCCUCACUGUCUUGAUGAAUAAGAGACUCUUAGGAUGGCUUGUUGAUUAAAUGUGAUCCUUUUUGAACUGUGACUUUCUGUGCGUCUCCUUUAUUUGUGCAAAACACCCCAUCAUGCAUUUAUAUACCACUAACAUGUUUUGUAAAAUGCGUAACGCUCACAAAGGAGUCAACAAGAGGUUCGAUUUAAGCUAGAUAACGCGUAUCCGAGGGGUGACGGUGCGACGUGAUAAGAUGUCACU